UGCGCAGAACUUAAUACAAUUCUUCCCAAAACUUGGCCCGAGUCUUUCUGCUGACAACCUCCUUCAGCAGCACAACUAGAAGUCCCGAAGUCCCACAGAAAACAUGCUGUCUGCAUACGAGACAGGAGCAGAGUCAGAUGUCUCAGACCCCAAAGACAAAUCCAAUGGGCCUCUAUCAAACGUUUCCAAAUGCCUCGCCCAGGAGAGAAGUACCCAAUCAGACUGUCUGAAGCCUUCAUCAUCAUCAUCAUCAUCCAGCUAUAAUAUGUCAGAGUGUUUAUCACUUUGCUCCAAGCCUGCACCAAAGAAUGAUGGUUUCAGGGUUUGUAGCUAUUUUGGCUCAUCAGCACCUGUAUUACCUCGUUUACCUCACUUCUCUCAUGACCUUAUUUCCACUCUAUCUGAAUCUUUUUCAGAGUUUCACGUUAAACAAGAACCAGUGCUCUCCUUUUCUGUCAUACAAGGAGAUAGUACACAUCAUUUUGGGGCCAUGUCAUCUACUUCAGAGGGUUCGAUGGAGCCAUUUGUCACUGAGCCUCUCUCCAGCUCUGAACACAGUCGAGACACUUAUCUAUUAAGGUCGUUUUCCCAUCCGUCGGAUAGUCUAGAGAGUGAUACAGCUAUAGCCCCUGUGUCAGACCUUUACAUCUCUGAAAGUGAGACACAGGACUUCAUCCCGAGCCCCCACGUAGAUCCCCAGGAGUUUCAAUGUCCUGAAUACCAGCCGGGGGAAACAGGGGAAAAAAAACCUGACUGCGAUACACAUUUCCUGAUGUGUGAUUCAGACAACGUGGUGACACAAUGUCAUCGCGGCUCCAGUGAGGAACGAGCUAUGCUGGACUAUGAGUCAGAUGUGAGCAAACAUGCGAGACCACCUGCUGUGGAUGCCUGUGAGGCAGGCUUGAUGCUGGUAAAUGAUGCGAGGCGAGAGAAUGCAGAGACCAUUGAUUUAACCCCCCAACCACGGCAAAGCCACAGCCCUAUCGAGCUGUGGCUGGAUGCAUGCCAGUAUCUGGCAGGUGAGGAUACAGAAGACUGGAACCUUUUGGACAAGACAAGAUAUUCUGUGAUGCAAGGAGGGCUCACCAGUGACUUGUCUUUUCCCCCAGGAGAGACACAAGUGUCAGGUUACAACCUUGAUGGUUGCGAGGGGAUUGGCUGGUCCUGCGAUGACACCAGAGGUUGGGGGCCACCGGUUGAGAGGUGGUCAUCCGUGGACAGCUGGGCAAGUGCACUCUCAGACUGGACUGGGAUUAUCGCGACUCCACCACAGGACUUUACGGCUGCCUUCACAGAGAUAGGGGCAGGGAUAGAUGCUCUGACACAGGCACUAGCAGAGGUAAAUACUCAUUUAGAAACAGAGACGCCCAAAGAGGGAAAGGGUCAGGAGCCAGCAGUGCGGGCACAAUCGAAGCCACCCAUGGGUGUCCAGGAUCAGCCUUUAGAGGCGCAAAACCUCCAAGAGAGCAUUGUCUUCUCUGGGCAGAGCUGUCCCUCUUUGUGCCUCGAAGGACCUGAGCUCCGAGACAGAGAGGGAUCCCAAAGUGUCAAAUUGUUGUGCGAUUCAACAGCUACCGCACAAGAAGAAAAGGAGUCGGAAGAAAUCCAGAGCAGCCAGACUGAGUGCUCCCCACGCCAACACUCAUCCAUGGGAUCAUCCGGGGAUACAGUGGCCUCUCCUGGAGGACACGGUGGAGAUGUGUUCCCUGGAUCUACUUCUUCUGCUGAUCCGAACCCUUCUCACUUUGAGGGUUUUGUCGAGUCAGACAAUGAAGAAGAUCUAAUCAUACUGAAUAUAGUAGAGGAUACAGAUUUGGAGGCACAAAAUACACCCGGAGAGCUGAUGAUUGAGAAGCCCUUUGGAGAUGAAGUGUGUGAAGUGACAAAAGAACACAGUGUCUCCCAGCUGCGCUGGUUGACUGAGCGGGAAGUCAAAAGGAGCCGUGGGCCAGCUGAGCUCAAUCGUGAAGGAACUGAACCUCCAACGGAUCUUCAUUUUCACACCACACACGCUCUGACAAACUCACACGUGCCAGGUGUGCACACGCAACCUGGCUUACAUAUUAAUGUUCAAACACAAGUGUCGUCUGACACUUUACUAGACCUUGACAGAGCAUGUCAGGUGGAGCCACAGUGGGGAGGUCCUAAGUUUAUUAUGCCCUUAGCCCCUCUCGGUAUUAUAGCCCUGAGCUCCCUCGUCUGUCGGACAAGCAGAAGUUUGGAAGGAGAUCAAACAUGUGUCAAAAGGUCUCUCAAUGACAACAGAGACCCCAGUUGUGAUCACAUACAAACCUGCGAUCUAUGGCCAACCGCGGAGGGGAUUACUGACAUAAAAUCUUUGGAAGGUGAUGAGUUGAUUCAUAAAAAGGGAAAUACAAUAAAGUCUGCUGAGAAGUCUUCACCAGAGAGACAACUGGACUGGAUCACUGCAAGAAAGACAACAAUUGAGGAGAUUCAUGACCUCAGCAGAGAACUAUCAAACUUGGCCGAUGUCCCUGCAGAUCAUUUCAUCGUCUCGGAGAGCCACCGCGUUGCAGUCAUCGUUUUAGAUUUAAAUGACCCAUUUGCCUCCAGGGCUGCAAAACCCAUCGCCACAGGCAUACAAUCUGAGCUGAAUCAGAAAAGAGCUGAAAAGAUGCCGCACAAAACACACAAAUCCACCUCAGAGAGCAAAGCACGCUCUAAAAAGGACAAAACAGCUGGUCAACAGCAUGGUAUACAAGCUUGCAAAAAACAGGAGACUUUGUCUCAUCAUGUUUCAGCCCAGCAGGUCUGCAAACAGCAAGAAACUCAUCCUCUCGCUGGGGAAAAUCACACCAGCGAGAACACUCAAGUCGGGCUUGAGGUCAACGAGGCUAAAUUGGUGAUUGAGACUGGUGUGGCAAAUGAGAAGGCUCCGAGCAAGACACAUGGCAAGAAGAAAAAGAAACACACUCCGAAUGCAACAGGAGUGAAAAGUGUUGGGGAGCCACUGGUGGAAGUGGAGAACGGAGCAAAAGCAAAGACUGCAAAAGGAAGGAUUGACAUGUUUGAGGCCAAUCUGGGCGCUAAAGCUGGGAAAGCUCAAAAGGACAGUGAUCAGUCAGAUGAGAAAAAGUCACAGAAACCAGAGGCUAAAGCUAAAGCAUCCCAGGGAGAACAACCCCCACAUCGUGCAGAUCAUAAAGACCACCAACCUAAAAACUUCACCAGUCCUUUGAACGAUGAUAUUAUUAAAAGACGACGGCUGUCAGAGAAUAAGUUUGGGAAGAUUGUCAGUGUAUUGGAGACUAAACUGCCAAAGCCAGACGUUUCUAUCCAGACAAAGGGAGAGGAGCCCAAAGUCUAUAACGGGGCAACCCUCAAGAAGGCCUACAGUGAAGUGGUCAAACAGAAAAUCCCACCAAAGGAAGAACCCAAGGUGGUGCAGCCUAUCCAGGCGGUUUCAGUGAGUGGGGAUCCUCAGAGUCUGUGCCUGUGGUGUCAGUUUGCGGCCAUCUCCUCCCAAUACACCAUCACCUGGAGCAGAGGGGGCACUGUCCUGUCUGAGAGCAAGAGAAGUGCAGGGGAUGAGAGCAGAGUCUCACUGACCAUCUCCAUUGCUUCUCACAAAGACUUGGGCAAGUACCAGUGUCAGCUCACCAGUUUACAUGGAUCAGUCACCCUGGACUACCUGCUCACAUAUGAAGUUCUCAGUGAGAUUGUUAUCCCUCCUUCUCCGAAGACAACUGCGUCAGGCCCUGUAGAAGUUGGGAGUGAAGAAGAGGACGUCCACUGUUCCAAGCUGAUGUUCAAGGAGGAUUUCCUAUCCAACCAGCAAUUUGGAGAGAACCAACCUGCCAGCAUCAUCACUGAGAAGGUCCAUUUUGGGGAGGGGAUGCACCGGCGGGCUUUCCGCACCAAGAUGCAGGCGGGUCCGAUACUGCUGUUACUACCUGGACACUCCUGUGUGCUCAAAGUACACAACUCCAUCAGCUACGGGACAAAGAACAACGAUGAGCUCAUUCAGAAGAACUUCAGCUUGGCUGUAGAGGAGUGCCAUGUCCAGAACACAGCAAGAGAGUACAUCAAGGAGUACAGCACUGCAGCCCAGUCUGUUGAAGCCUUCGGAGAGAUCCCAGAGAUCAUUCCCAUCUACUUGGUUCACCGUCCAUCCAAUGACGUCCCGUAUGCCACGCUGGAGGAGGAGCUGAUUGGAGACUUUGUCAAGUAUUCGGUGAAGGACGGCAAAGAGAUCAACCUGAUGAGACACGACUCGGAGGCGGGACAGAAAUGCUGUGCUUUCCAGCACUGGGUCUAUCAUAAGACCGAGGGCAACCUGCUGGUUACUGACAUGCAAGGAGUAGGAAUGAGGCUUACUGAUGUGGGAAUAGCCACCUGUAGGAAAGGAUACAAGGGAUUCAAAGGAAACUGUGCCACCUCCUUCAUUGACCAGUUCAAAGCGUUGCACCAGUGCAACAUGUACUGUGAGAUCCUGGACCUCAAAUCCCUGCAGCCCAAACCGAAAAAACCUGUUUCUGCUCCGAAACCCAAACCACAACCCUUCGCUGCACCCAAGAAGAAAAUAUUUGGGCCAACAGUGAAGGGCAAGUCAUAAAAAGAGAAGAAUCUUGGACUUUGGGGUUUCAUUUUUAGUGAGGGUUUUAGGUGAUUUGAUUCACUUUUGUUGAACCUUGUCAUGCAGAGUUUGGCCCGUGAGAAAGGUGUCCAAUGUUUUGGGCUGUAGAAGGACAGAUGAUGGAGAGGAAAGAUAUAUUUGACUCUGAAAAAAGCGAUUGUUAACGAGCGACUGUUGCUUCAUAAGAGUUUUUGCUUCAUUUCAUGUUGAACAUUUGAGAAAUGUAUAUUUUAUUUCAAUGACAUGCUUUCUGUAUGAGAGUGUAUCUAUAAUCGACACUUUAUUUUACGAAUUUUUGGAAAACUGUGACAUAUUUAACAAACACUUGAAAGCGAUGAUGUUAAUGGUGAGUUUGUGGACAGUGUUGAACUGUGACGUCUUAGAGAUUGCUUUAUUGAUGAGGCGUGACGACUUUUCUUUACAGAUAAAUUCUUGUUUUUCUACUUUGGUGAUGUUUUCAAACAAUUAAUUCAUUAAAUUAAUGAACUUGUUAACUAAUUGACUAGCGGAAAUGUCUUUAAAUUAUUUUGUAUGAUAAAAUACCCACAGUAGAGGACAUGUGUCGUAUUGGGUUCAGUAUGAGCAUGAGUCAUUCUUGUGUGUUUGACUUGUGAGGCGACAAAAGUAUUUAUUUUAAUGUUACACUAUUACAAUGUUUGUUCAUUUAGCAAAAGCUGCUGAUUCAAGAUAAGCUUAUAUUUAUAUUCCGGAAACAACACAAAGACACUUCGUACACAUAAAGCUUGUGUAAACUAUGCAUUUGAAUGUAUUCACUGAAAAAUGUGAAGAUUUAUUGAUUUAUCAUUUUAUUGUCUGGUGCAAUACUGCUUGUAAAUAUUGAUUUCAAGGAUCUAUACUGUUCAGCUCAAACUAAGUGAGAGACAUGUACAACUAAACACAAACCUGACACCCAGAAUCUACUUACAUACACAUGAUCCCAGUAACAUACCAGCUAUUCAUCGGCAGCUUCAAACGGUCUUUAUUUAAUAACCAUCUCUGUGCUUUUUAAAUCCCUGACCUCAGGCUGUGGCUAUGGCUAGUGUGUAAGCAGCACACAGUAGAUCUUUGUUAUUAAAGAGUUGUUACUGGUUUAAGAUGCAUUCUGAUUUAUUUGUAAUGAAGUUAAAUCAACUCACAUUUCCUGUAAUACGACCUCUGACCUACAGGUUUGAGGGAUGUGUCGAUGUGAAUAUGCAAAUGUCUGCCUGCUCUGGACAUGCGGUCGGGUUUGAAGGUGUUUACAUAUCGUGUCUUAUUGAAUUCUUAUAUUUCACUCUAUAGCAAUAACAAAAACAAACACUUUAUUUACAUUAUUUUUAUGG